AUGGCAAAGCCACAGACCGCGAAUCUGCCCCUGAUACCACUCGCGCGAGGCACCAUCCUUCUCCCGGGCCUCGUCCAGCGAAUCCCAGUAUCUUCGAACCGUCCCGACAUUCCGGCUUUGCUCGCCCACGUUUACGAGCAAGCUGCUACAAAGGGCCCUGAUACACGUAUCGACAGUAUUCCCAUCGCCUGCGUUCCAAUUUCGUCCCCUCUUAUCAGUGGCAACGGCCAGCGACUCAUUGGCGAUGCGGAAGAUAUAGACCCAGCUGAGAUCGAGAACGUCCUUCCCGGCUCUGCUAAGAAGACUGACCUGUUCACAUUUGGUGUUGCCGCCAAGAUCAUUGGCAUUGAUGGAAGAGGAACGGGCGAAUUUGCGCUGCGCGUCGAAGGCACAACCCGUGUUCGAAUUGACUCCUUCACCCGCGAGCGCCCCUAUUUUGAAGCCAAGGUGACAUAUUUCCAUGAAGACUGCAAUGCUACCGAUAAACAGACGCAAGACCUGUUUGCUCUCCUAAAAACCCGUUCUCGAGAACUGGUCACGAUCCUCAGGAUUUCCUCCUUACUUCCUCGAACCCGCGAUGGCCCGGUUCUUUCGCCAGUCCUUACAAGGCGACUUGAAAUGUUAAUCAUAAGGAAAGAGCUCAACGAGGCUGGCCUUCUUGCCGACUUUAUGGCUAAUUUGGUUGAGAGCACACACGAGGAGAAACUCGAGGUCCUUGCAGCUCUAGAUGUCAAAGUGCGCUUGACUAAGGUCAUUGAGUUACUGGAGCGUCAGGUUGGCGGUAUCAAGAACAAUUUCAAGAUCACGACCUUCACCACUAUGCCCGUCCAGAUCUUGGAUCGAUUGAACGAAACCAACCAAAACCGCAAGCCAGGUUCGCUACCUCAAAUCCCCGGUAUGGCAUUUGUGCCGCCCAAUGGACAGAUGCCUGGUGGACAUGACCAAAGCGAUGACCAGGAGGCCAAUGAGCUUGACGAGCUCAAGCGCAAACUAUCCAACGCUAAACUUCCCACUGAUGCUGCCAAGACAGUCGAUAGGGAGAUGAGACGACUUCAGAAGAUGCAGCCCAUGAACCAAGAAUAUCAAGUGACACGCAAUUGGCUCGAAACGCUGGCCGAAAUCCCCUGGACAAUUACCACGGAUGACCGCCUGGGCCCUGAUACUCUAAACCGGGCGAGGAAGCAGCUUGACGAUGACCACUAUGGACUGGAUAAUGUCAAGAAGAGGCUCAUCGAAUAUCUAGCUGUCCUUAGACUUAAACAAUCGAUCAAUGAUGAGGUGGAAGAGAAGAUCAAGAAGGCACAAGAGGAAUUGGGACAAGCUGCGACAUCCAACGGAAAAGACAAGGGAACAGCCGAGGAACACUCAGAGAUUGAGGGAAGCGCAAAGCCCGAGAUGGCUAAGCUUGACAUCCUCAAGUCUCAGCGUAUGGUGGACAAGUCUCCUAUCAUGCUUCUCGCUGGUCCCCCUGGCGUAGGAAAGACCAGUCUCGCGCGAUCGGUGGCUACGGCUCUUGGCCGCAAGUUUCAUCGUAUCUCGCUGGGGGGUGUGAGAGACGAGGCCGAGAUCCGGGGACAUCGAAGGACCUAUGUCGCGGCAAUGCCAGGUCUCAUUGUGCAGGGUCUCAGGAAGGUCGGCGUUGCCAACCCUGUUUUCCUGCUUGAUGAGAUUGACAAGAUCGGGCAAGCCAGCAUUCAUGGCGACCCCUCAGCUGCCAUGUUGGAAGUCCUAGACCCAGAACAGAACUACAACUUUCAGGAUCACUAUGUUGGCAUGCCGAUUGAUCUCUCCAAGAUCCUCUUCAUUGCUACAGCCAACAGCCUGGACACUAUCCCCGCCCCUCUGCUUGACCGAAUGGAGACUAUCUAUAUCCCUGGCUACACCACACUCGAGAAGCGACACAUCGCUAUGCAGCACCUGGUCCCUAAGCAGAUCAGGGUCAACGGACUAGCCGAGUCUCAGGUUGCAUUCAACCAGGAAGUUGUUUCCAAAAUCAUCGAGUGUUACACUCGAGAAUCUGGGGUUCGCAAUCUAGAGCGUGAAAUUGGCUCUGUUUGCCGUGCUAAAGCUGUCGAGUAUGCCGAAGCCAAGGAUGGGGGUCACAUAGAUGACUACCGAUCCAACCUCAGUGUGGAGGACAUCGAGAACAUCCUCGGCAUUGAGAAGUUUGAAGAAGAGAUUGCUGAGAAGACGAGCCGCCCCGGUAUCGUGACGGGCUUGGUUGCUUAUAGUUCCGGUGGCAACGGCAGCAUCCUCUUCAUCGAGGUUGCUGAUAUGCCAGGCAAUGGGAGGGUUCAGCUUACCGGCAAACUCGGCGAUGUGCUGAAGGAAAGUGUUGAGGUUGCCUUGACCUGGGUCAAGGCACAUGCUUUCGAGCUGGGUCUCACUCCAGAGCCCACUACGGAUAUCAUGAAAGAGCGCAGCAUCCACGUGCACUGCCCAUCGGGCGCUAUUCCCAAGGACGGUCCCAGCAGUGGAAUUGGCCAGGCGAUCGCACUCAUCUCCUUAUUCUCGGGGAAGCCGGUGCCACCAACCAUGGCAAUGACGGGCGAAAUUUCUCUCCGGGGCAGAGUUACAGCCGUCGGAGGUAUCAAGGAGAAACUCAUCGGCGCCCUCCGAGCUGGCGUCAAGACUGUGUUACUUCCGGCCCAGAACCGCAAGGAUGUCAAAGAUCUUCCGCAGGAGGUCAAGGAUGGACUGGAGAUCCUUCACGUCAGCCAUAUCUGGGAGGCGAUUCGUCUUGUCUGGCCAGACUCGCAUUGGGCAGAGGACACCAACUACCGAGGCAUCGAGAGUCGACUCUAA